UUAACAAAAUGUUUGUCUCUACAGACAGAGAGAGCCUACCAAAAGCAGGCGCCAAUUUUCCAAAACAAAAAGCGUGUCCUGGGACAGACAGGCAAGAGGAAGGAACUGCGAUAUGUGCGCAAUGUUGGUCUAGGAUUUAAAACCCCUAAAGAGGUACUUUUUCGUUGAUUGUCAUUGUUUUGUCUGUUGAUGAAGGUAGUGGAUUGUUGGGUGGAAUCAAAACGAGCCUUGUAAAAUGGGCACUGCAUCCUGUUAUAUCUCUUUUCAAGUAAUGGUAUAAACUCAUACAAUUGUAGUAGCCCAAAUACCUUGGUUGCUGUAGAUCAAAUUUUUCUUUGAUUAGAAAUUUUUCCUUUAAUUUUUGAGUAAUCAUUAAAGUGCAACAUCACUACUUGUGACCAUCGUAGUAUCUUUAUGCCAGGAAGAAAGUGGAAUUUAAGCUUGCAGUUUUACAUUAUAUGUUGGAUAUCAUUCCAGAAGACAUGUUCUUCAGGCUUGCUCAAAGAUGGGUCUUAUUGUCUUCUGCUAGAUAUUGCUAAGAGUCAAUGAGUCCAUGGUGUAGAACUUUUAGGUUCUUUUAUUAACGCAGUUCAACCACCGGUAGAAUCAAAGCGCGGGGACUUCUCUAAGGAAAAGAGGGCCAAACACGUCCACAUGUACUUCAUGGAAGAUAAUUUACAAUAUGCAAUUUCAUAGUUGCUACACAGUAUGUGUAGUUCUAUAAUAUAGAACGUUAAAGGGGCUGUGUCACAGCAGUCCAGUUCAUUUUGUUUAAUUUUGCCAAUUACUUGCCCUCAAUCACUAUGGAACUUAAGGUAAGCAAAGAAAUUACAUGGAAAUGACAAAAUCAGAGAUUCGAGACAAACAAAUAUGUAUCCUGAGCACUAUUUUUGAAGUUGUAAACAGCAGAGGUCAACUUUGAAAAACUGUUAGGCUGAACAGUUUUCAAAAACCCUAAUUACUGGGCUGCCUGUGCGCCCAGUCAUAAAAUGGGCUUUCAGUCGUCUGCGGCGAAAAACAGCCUCCCGGGGGAGGGACGACACGAGGGUCUGGUACGUAGAAACGAUGUUCUCACAAAUGGUAUCAUACGAUUUUCUCUUGCACGAACCCUUGCACGGAUACUUUUUGUACCUCGUCUGCGCUCCCCCUGAAAAGCCCACAAAGCGUUGCGAACCUGAAGGAGGCUAUUUGCGUUGUUCCAAGCGAUUCGAUCAUGGGAGUCACUAUAAUUUUUUUAUUGUUCGAGUUUAAGUCAGUUAGAUGAUGUUGGCGCUGGGAAAGUCAGAGAAAUGCUCGCGUUGCAUUCAAACCGACACGCCGUUCACGGUAGGUUCACACUAAAAGAUGACUCUGAGCGUCACGUUUGGAACGCCGUGACCGCUUCGUGAACUCAAAGAGAGAAUUAUCGAUCGAUGUAGUACAUGAGCAAUUAAGAAGCACAAUUUAUGAGCAAGGUAUUUCACCAGUUGACGACACUAUGGCUGAAGACUUGAUUGUAAGCCUUCGUAGUCGGGGAAGCGAACAACUCAGUUGCCGAUGAAUGGCACUACGCAUGUCCAUGAGUGAGGGACGUGACAACUUUGCCCUGUUAGAAGACUGGCUUUUCCUUUAAAUAUUUCCUUCUAUUUGAUGCAACACACGCCACUUUGGAGGUCUAAAUUUCGGAUACUGAGGAUAAAGAAGACACGGACAAAAAUAGGGACUCUGAGAAUUUCGGACACAAGUUUAAAGCUUCACCGGGACUUCCCAUCCGCGAGCUUCACAGAGAGCGACUUGAGGAAAAUAGGAGCUGUUACUGACAAGGUUUGGUGACUGAGUAGAGCAUACAAGUGUAGCCCACAUCGAGGUUUCAGGGGGUUUGCUUUUUUUUUUAUUUGUAUCUUGCUAAGCUUUUAUCAUUAAAUUUGUACAUGAUCUUGUGAUCACAAUUCUGUGUUUUCGCCCAUUCAGCAAGCACGCUAUAUUGAUGUCAGCAUUAGCGAGUUUCAGAAACAUGCCUUUGAAAGUUUUCGGCUCUCGUGAUGUUUCUUGAUAUUUCUUUUACCAUUUUAUGGAGAUGUAAACUGAAGUCACCGCAAAAUGGAAACUUAAAAAAGCGUAUAAUCCAUUUAUCUCGAAACACAACACACAUGACUUAUUUUCGUAAAGGUGUUUUGAAUAUGAACGAACACAGUCAAUGUGAGGGGCAAAAACAGCAUUAAUAUAAAUGAAUCAUAGGGUUUUACUAAUAUAAGGGUCAAUUAUUGUGCAUUGAGAUGAAUCGCUUGAAAAGAGAGACUUCGCUUGAAGAUGUGAUCAGAAGUAAACAAAGGCAUAAUAGUGCGUCACGUUCAGUCUUUUUAAUAUCCAAGGAGUCACUGUGAAUAGUGUCAGGGGCACCCAACGAGAAUAUAGUUCAAAACCACUCAACAUAGCAUUGUUAAACGUACCGUAUUUAUUCGACUAUAAGCCGAGCGAUUUUUACACAAAUCAAAACUGAAUUGAAUUAAAAUUUGGGCUCUAGAGGGGGUCUCGGCUUAUAGCCAAAAGUUUUUUGAAAAAAAAUUUUUUCCGGCGCAUGGAAACUCUACUAAAUCGAGAUGUAUUUACGUAUAAGCCGAGCUAAAGUAAAGAAACACAAUAUGCAAUCGUUGGUUAUUAACUUUUAAGAAUGUGGUGGCUCCUAAAGGAGGCGUUUGAUAAAUUUAAUGUGUUUUCACGGAAAAGAUAAAGAUUCUUGAUAGGGAGUAACCCUGACGCUGAUGGGAUGUGAUUACAAAUCGAUGGAACUUGACUGUUUGCUGCUCCAAGUCUUCUGGGAGACGCUGAGCGAGUGUUGUUUUGGUGCGAAGGCUGACGGAAUGGCAGCGUUUCCAUUUCUGGUACCAGCCGAGGGACGCUUUAAACUCAGAAUCCUCGCUGAAUUCCUUUGCCUUUAGACGUAGUAUCAAUCCGCUAACAGCUAUUCCUAUGUAAAACGAAGUGAGAAGGUUACCAAACAAUUGAAAGGUUAAAAAUUUGACACGUCUUGAAUUUGUUUUGACAUUUGUGAAAACUGGCCAAUGAGAAUCUUUCAUACACAAUAUUGUCACAUGAUACUACGAUAGUUUUGAGAGUCACACAUUCAACUCAUAUUCACUCUGCAAUCAGCUGAUUGAUUUAUUUCGUGAUCUUGUUUCCGUUGUUUUAAAAUACAAAAUCAAUGCUCGACAAGAAACUUACUCUCCUCUGUAAACCAUUCCAGUAUUCUUUGAUCGCGCUCCGGAUACUUCGGCGUGAAGCAUCCCAUCGUCUUUCCUCCAGCGACGGACCAUGGACUCACUGAUGCCAUAUUCUCUGGCGAUUUCAGAGUUAUUUUCAACAGCUUCUGCUUCGGCGACUAUUUUAAGUUCAAGCGCGAGGUUGUAUGACGUGCGACCAGCCUUGGGCAUGAUGACAACUUGACUUGAAAUAAACGAUUGCGAACACGAGAUUGUUUGAUAGACGCUACGGAUGUCUAGGUACUGGUGAUGCCGCUUAACAACACAGUUAGCUUUAAAUUCAUUUUUGGAUCACAUUAAUUCAUCUGAGUUAUGAUUCAUUGCUUUUCAAUUGAAUAGUUAGUUACGGGUAAUAUUUAUUAAUUCGCGUGUGUUUUCUAAGAGGGAAGCUUUUUGCAUAGUAAAUCACCAUUGCAUCUCUUGUAUACGCGUGUUUGUGUUAUCGUCUAAGCCUCAUUUAUGACAAUCAAUGUGAUUUUUUUCCGAAAAUGUUAGGUUUUCCCGUAGUUAACAAUUCAGUCUUGUAAUAAUGAAUGGGUCUCGGCUUAUAGCUGGGUGUUUUCGAUUUAUUUUUGGUUCUCGUUAUGCCGAGUCUACACGUUCAAAGUUUGGGGUCUCGGCUUAUAGCCAAGAUCGGCUUAUAGUCGAAUAAAUACGGUAUUUUAGUAUUUAAACGGUAGAUUUAGGCAUAAUUUUAUCCCCUAAACAUUUUUUAUCUCUUCGGAUUUCCUAGCUGAAAGUCUAGUGAUCCGAAAAUUAUUGGGAUCAAAACUUACCUUUUCGAAAGUUUCAGCCAGAAAAAUGGCUCCCGAAAAUUCUAGGUGACCUUUUUAGGGUAAAAAUCCGUAAAAAUGGGCAAUUAUACCAUUUUUUAGCUGUUCGAAAAUCCUAGGAGUGGCAGGCAAGCAAGAAAUUUUACGACCAAUGUUCCGAAAAUUCUAGAUCUCAAAUCGUCUUCCGAACAGAUAUUUGCCGAAAAUUGACGUUGGGUGCCCCUGAUAGUGUUUCCAUAUUGUUUAGCUGGCACAAAAACUUCGGACGAGUUAUAAAGCGGCAUAGUUAUCUUCCAUGAAGAAAAGUUCGUCUUGGGUGAGACAAACAGAACUGGAGCGAAUUUUUAACUCGCAUCGGUAUCAGGUAAAAAAUAUGUUAUCGAUCGUUUCAUCUAUUUACAUUGUUUGAAGUGUGUGCUGGUGAACGCAACAUGCGAGCGAGAAAUCGUUAAACUUUUUUAGGUCUCAAAAUGCAAAGGAUUUUAUUCCUUUAAGUUAGAGAAAAAUACCAUGAGGAAAAUCUUAAAACUGAAUAUUUUUCAUCUUGUGGAAAAAACAGUGCGUUUUCUUGUAGACUGUGGACCGCAAAUUAGGAUCGCACUUUUCACAGACACAAACAUGCGAAUUCUGAAGUUCAGAAGCCAACCGACGAUUGCGUUUUUCGCUGCUGUCAAUCAUCUUAACGGACCUCUUAGGAAACAAAACUUUACUUCACGGGUUCAAAAGGUCAUGGUGUGUGAUUUGUGGAUUUCGAUCCUUUUUGUGUGGGCGCUUUCCAUUUUAGGAAAAAAACCUGGAAAUUUCGGUGGUAGCAAAAGUGGAAUUUCCGAUUGGUAAAAAGUUGUUCCAUUUGGUCGUAAACCCCGGUACGUGGCGUUUCCCGACCGUGGACCUGGAACUGGUACAAACUACGAGAAACGUAAAUGGAACACGACAUUCCGUUCGGAAAUUCCAACCGGGAAAACGGGACCACCUUUUUAGAUUUUCCACUUUUUCUGGGAAUUUUCCAGUGGGACGAACCGGCGAAACGUGUUCCAUUUACCGCCGAACCGGAAAUUCCGGAAAUUUUGACUAAAUGGAAAGCGCCCUGUGUUUCUCUGUUUCAAGGUUCGUUGCUUGUGAUCGUAAUUAUGAUUGACGGCAGCGAUAAACACAAUUGUGAAGGUGGCUUUUGAACUCUAGAGUUCGCAAGUUUGUGAAAAGCGCAGUAAAGUCUCCGUGCAGUCAGUGAGGCCCCUGGAUCAGGCGGGAUCAAUGGGCAGUUAACUGUCUGUUUCAGUAUACUUCUGGUUUUCAUACAAUACAAUAUUUCUGUCUAGUGUAAAUCAGCUUAGUCUGUCGCAUUUUAUGCUCGUAGAACGACAACAAUUUUUGGAAUUUCUAGUUAUGUCAAAUUAGUCGCCUUAUACUGUCACACUAUAUUUUGGGGCACAGAGGGAUUGGGGGAGGGGUAGGUGGAAAUAAUGCAAAUUGUUUCCUGCCUAGAAUUAAUGGCUAACUUGUUUAUUUUUAUUCAUAAUGGUGGAAUUUAAAAGUUAUUAUACAGCCCCCACUUAAAAAUGGUACUCUUUUUUUUUGGUUAUGAAAGUCUUUCAAAAGGGUCAGUCUCACAUGAGGUUCUGUGGCAGGCAAUGGUUGCGGACAAGGUUUUAUGGUAGCCUGAGUGUGUAUAGCCGCCCCCUCCCUUCAGAAAAAAUAGCCCCUUUGCAGCCCACUUAAAAAUCGCCUUUCGGUGAUUCUUGUUUCAAUCUGUUUCAAUCUUCUUCAGUUUUGCCCAUCCGUUGCAUCUGUUGUAUCUGUUGUGUUAUUUUAACUUUCCUUUAAUGUUUUAAGCGGUUAUUUUUACGUUUCUGUUAAUUUAACAUUUUUUGAUUACCGGCAUUUUGUAAUUACCUUAUUUGGCUGAAUUUCGUGACACAGCUCCUUUAAAGAACCUUAAGUUAUAAUAUUAUUGUAACUUGAAGCUCGUUAGACAUGUAUAUUCUUUGAAGCGUACAUGUAGCACAUACAGUGAAUAGAGAUCAGACCAUGCUUUGAGAGGUUGUUUGCAAGAGAUUAAAAACGAUACAAAAAUAUAAAAUCAUGUGCCCCAAAAUGGGUUUUCGGUCACUUACGUUACAGGAAGUGGUCAUUUGAUGUUCAACUGGAAGAGAAAACUUUGGUGUUUUUGGAUGAGUGAUUACCUAUAAGAGGUGGUUGCAUUUGGAGGUUCGAUUGUAAUUUAUAGGAAUCUUGUUCAGCCUGGCUGGAAGCAGCGCUGACUGUUAAAUACUGUCUAUGUGAAUUCCUUCAACAGGCCAUUGAGGGAACAUAUAUCGACAAGAAAUGCCCCUUUACAGGAAACGUCAGCAUUCGUGGACGUAUUUUGACUGGCAUUGUUACAAGCAUGAAAAUGAAACGUACAAUUGUCAUCCGGCGGGACUACUUGCACCUUGUCAAGAAGUACAACAGAUAUGAGAAGCGGCAUAAGAAUCUUUCUGCCCAUCUUUCACCUUGUUUCAGGUAGACUUCCUGUUUGUGUGCUAACAGAAUUGUUAUCAUUAAAGUACUCUUGAUUGAACUUACAGUCCAUGAGAUUAUUGGCACGUAAAUACAUGUAAAGUACAGUGUAUUACUUUCUGCUGUUGUUUAGGGAUUUAGCUAAGGAAAAGCUAAGCAGGCUUUUUUAUUAGUCAAACCAGCUUUUUUACUCAAUUGCACCUUCAAAGUUACCUUAUGUCUUUGUUGUCAGAGCAAUUUGAGCUUUUGGUCAUAAGUUCUUUUCAGCUGGUGAAAUUAGCCAGCUCUUUAUACAGUAGCAGCAUCUGUGGUGUUUAGAACUUGCAUUCUAAUUUAUUUUUAUUUACAGCCGUUACCACUAACACGGGUCCUCGGAGGGUUUUUUCUCCCUGUUGAAACUGAGUUUUCAUGGACGUCAAUCAACUGUUUCCAUGGUUUUCUCAUGCAUUUUGACAGAGAAGUUUCCCUCAUCACUGAAUGAGAGGCAAAGACUUGCAAUAAUUUCACAUGACGACAGCGUUUAUAAUUUUGUUUAUUUCAUUAAGAUGAAGGAUUACGUUGUUAAAACAAUGAGGUCUCUGCGAGCUGCGUGAAAUAGCCGAAAUACUCUCGAACAGUUUUCAGGUUGUUCAUUUAAGCUUAUUUGAUUGUAUGAAAACACAGGAGCCAUGGACGAAUUGCCAAGGAGCAUAAAUUCAAAGAAGCAAAAGAUAUCACACUGACAAGGGAAAAAAGUUACCUCUGAAUGGAGGCUGUUUUCGAAAAUGAAUUUUGUAACCUGCAGAUCUACUUAUCAUUCUUCAUGUUAUGGAAUAGAAUUUAGAACUAGCAAGAACUCAGACAAGUUGCGAACGUGUAUUGAAAAAGCUUAUGUGGUUGUAACUUUCAGUGAGUAAAUAAGUCAAUUUGAGUUUCCUCCAACAGAUAAUCAACAACUUCGUACUCCUUAUAAUCUUGACAUGAAGCGGUGUCGGAUCCUGCUGCAAAAUAGUGCUAAAAUAGCUUAAAUGCCGACAUUUUCCUCCUCCAAGUGCUUGAGAAACUGGGAAAGAAUCUUCUCCAGGUCAACACAUAAAACCCAUGGUAACGGUUGAUUGACAUCCACCAAACUGCAGGUUUGAACCGAAAAAAAAAACCCUUUGAGGGCGUGUGUUAGUGGUAAAUGCUGUAAGUAUAAUGAUAACAUUAUUUUUUACCAUUAUCAUUGUUUUUGUUUGCUUGUUUGUUUGUUUGUUUUAUGAGUAGAUUUUAUGUUCAGGAAACCAAAAUCUGAAAGUUACAUUGUACCUGUUGUGAUGAACAAGUCAAAUGAAAAUAAUAAGCCUGAACAAAGUCCUGUACUAUAUGACCACUCAAAUGAAACAGUUUUGAAGAGCUUUCCUAUGGACAUGAUUUGUUACAUACAUACAUACAUAACAACUGAUUUCAUUUUGGGUUCAAAUUAUUGUUAGCAUAGAAGAUGCUAGUGAGUUCCUAUAUUUUUAUAUGGCACUAUUGAGCAGAGGUAUCAAGGUCUCUGUUGUUCCAUUUAAAAGGUGCUGGUGGGCAGUUGAUUCUACAUGUAUAAGACUCAACCCUCAGUAGUUUGUUGCAGUUGACAAAUAAAAUGUGUGUGUCCUGGCUAAGCUUGGUGGAAAGAUGAAAAACCAAAACAAAAAGUGCACACAAACACUAACACACCCCCCUUGGCAGGAACUUGAACUCAGUCAGGAUCAGUAACAUGACUGGGGACAGCUAUGCCACCCCAUCACACAAACAUGCCCCUUUGCUUUUGUCAGAAGUGUUGUAAUGGUUGCAUUCUGCAUAAAUAAUGUUUCGUAGAAGUGGCAUUUGUUCCUGAUGGAAAAUUAUUAAAGCCUCCCAAGUUUGAACGGUUAUUUUUGUUUUUCAUGACAUUGUUGCCGGCAACUGCAUCCACCUAAUCUAGUUAUUUACAUCAAAGGCAACUUAAGAUUUGACUGUGCUAAGCAGUCCAUGCACAACCCCUGCAGAAUUUGAUUUUUCAAAUUAAGUAAACUUUGCUUCUUGAGUAUUGUUUGGUUCAAUAUGUCCCUUCAGAUGUAAAUUUUAUUGCAUCUUUCCACCUACUUGCUACUAGUCUUUACAAAUCCUCAAUCAUUCAAAAGGUGGAAAACGCUAUUCUUUCUGGCUGGCAACGUCAUUGGUUUCCCAAAAUUAAUACUUAUCUGCUGGAUGUUGAUUUUUCUGGUGAAUAGUACUAUCCAACGUUUGAACAGCCAGGACCAGAUGAUUAAGUGAGCACACUUAAUGCUGUGUUGUGCAAUGUACAUGGAUGUAAUUUUAGUGCGGUUGUGAUUGGUGUGACUAUUGGUUGUGACUGUUUACUGCCUGUCUGUAUGACUUGAUGAAGACUUGGAGUAAGCAUUUGAAAUGUUAGCUUGCUAGCAAGCUCUCCAUGCUUGCUUGCUAGUUCUCUUGCGGGUUGCUUUGCUCGCCAUAGAUGGAAAGCUUACCAGCAGGGUACGGAAAUAGUAAAAUGCUCAUAUAUAUGUACCCCUGAACGACUACAUAGUACAUUGUGAGAAAGUUUAAUUAUUAUUCACUUAGUUAUUACUAUGAAACCUAUUAUCUUGCUCAUGCUAAGCUUAUUGUUAAACUUUGAAAAAAAAUUUUUUUAUGAUUUUAAACAUCUGCUAAGCUCCUUACAAUAUGUUUUGUUCUUUUUUACUUGUGUUUAGGGAUGUUGGUCUUGGUGAUGUAGUGACUGUUGGUCAGUGCCGUCCUCUCAGUAAGACAGUGAGAUUUAAUGUACUGAAGGUCAGCAAGGGAAAAGGCAGCAAGGACAAGAAACAAUUUGAGAAGUUUUAA